UUGAAGUAUGGACUUUUGACGUUCUGUGCAGGUUCUUUUUUAUAUUUUUUCAGUAUUUUUGAAGUUCUACAUUUGUACAAGAAGCGCUUAUGGCACUCUAUUAGACCUCAUUUUUAAUCCACACCUGCAUUAGCACCGUUUUUGCUGCACAUAAGAAAUAUUGAGCACCUAUUCCAAAACAAAGUCCAAUUAAGAAGAAAAUAAUGGAUCGUGUUAUUGAUGCUAGAAAGAUAUUUUAUGUAUCUAAAGCACAUCGCCGUCUUAUGCAUUUAAUAGGAGAAUGUUUAAAUUUAAGUUUCAUUGUUCGACAGUCAGCUUUGAAAAAUUCGUGUAGCUUUAGGAUUUCGUCAAGCCAUAAAAACGGAAGUAGAAAGUGUGAAAGGUAUCCUGUGGUAAAGGUCUCUAGAGCGCUGGGAAGGGGAAGAAAAAGAAGAAGAUUCAAUACCUAUUUUGAUCAUCUUUUAAAUGUCCUUAAAAUGUGCUUGAGAUUAUCGAUAUCUAUCAGAAUCGGCUUCUUGCAACUUGGCCUUCCCAGGAGUAUGCCUAGACCACCUAGUUACCCGUAUACCACCUACCAAAGAUACGAGGAUAGUGACUUGUCUGAGAGCGACCAAUCGUUUCGCUUUCGUCAACCCUUGGUUACAACGCAACCAUUAGCACGUGCUAUUGCCCGACCAAUUUCUGCAUUAGCCAGUUACCAACCUCGACCAACUGCGAGACCUGUAUCUCGAAGAAAUCGUCCUAAUAAUAACAACAGCUACGGACAAAUGCCUGUUUCUUCGCGAACACAUUCAGAUGUUAAAGAAAUUUAUAGAAGGAAAUCGCUACAACAGUCAGCACAGGAUGAUUACAUGCAAGAAGAUUAUGAUAAUAUAGAUCAGUGCUUCUACAAAUCUUCACACCUCUAUCCACUACAGUCGAAGAAGUCUUUCUAUUCCGUAACCCAACCAAACCCUCAGCCAAAUUAUAUGUCGCCAAUGGAUAAUAAUCCUUUAAUACAAGUUUCUGUUGGCAAUGAACAGCUUCUGUCUGAGGAUAACAAAAUUAUACCGCAUAUACCUUGCAAUAGAAAUUCCCUCACUAGAAUUCCAUCUGGUACUGGCUUGAACGCGGUAAAAGCAAAUCCCAAAAGGUAUCCAGUUACUGCGAAGGCACCACGUUUCUUCAAGAAAACUUCAUCAGCAACUACUUGUAAAGUGCCCUCAAAUGAUUGCACCCAGACAAUAAAUCAGAGUAAUGCUGAUGGACGUAAGGACUGCGAAAAAGAAAUAAAGGGUGAACAGUUAUCACCCCAUACUAAGAACAAAGUAUCAUUAGAAAGACAUCAUAGUUUUCCCGUUAAUAAAGGUGAGAGAAUUACACGUCCCCUCACUGCUCCAUCACAAGAUAAUGCUUCCGUAAGAAGUAACAGGAUAGAAUCCGCUUUAAAACGCUAUGAAGAGAUAGUUCACGGGAUGGAAACCAAUCAAAAAAUAAAAACAUUUGAAACACUUACUAAAGGAAAUAAUGAACAUAUGAAUAUGCUAUCGAGUUCCAAUAAAUCUCAGGAUAGUGGGGAAACUGAACAAGAAAAAAAUAACCCUGAGCGAGUUCAAGUAAGCCAAAAACAAUCGCCACGCGCAAUAAGCAGUUCAUUAUCCUCUACGCAAAAAAAUGAUCCGACACCAACUGUUCUUCAAACAAUGUUGCAAGAACUCAUGCAAAAGGGAUGUGUCAAUAAAAUUCCAGAAAGUUCAUUUAAAACUGAAACAGAUAGUACCCUAGCUAUGGCUAGGAAAAUGGAUGAAGAGAGUAAGAAGUUUAAUCCUGGAAUUAUUGGUGAUAGUGUUACCGAUGACGAAUCUAAGAUACCAAAAAGUAUUAACUAUCAAGAAAUGCAAAACAGCAUAAAGAAAACAUCCGUUGUUUUUCAAAUGGGAGAACCGGGUACAAACUGUAUAAAUAAGGAAAUUCAAGUUCCUUCCUCUCCUCGUCUUAGAGUUAAUCCACCGAGUAUCGUUACCCAACAAACUAUUCCGUUAAGUCAUAAUACAAAGCUCAACGCUAACGAAAGCUAUUCCAUGGAAUUGCACCGCUCCAAGAGUUAUAUUGUUAAUUUAAUCGAUAGGGCCUUAAGCAAAGAACUUGGAACAGUACCGGAAGACAGAAUUAAUUGUUACACUACAUGUUCCAAAGGCCUAUGUAACAAUGACCCCAAAAGUUUAAUGGAAGUAAUUGAAAAACACUCAAAGAAAACGGAACCUAAAGACUUUUCAUUAGACCUGAGUAACGCUUUCAGCGAAUCGCACACAACAAAUGAGGUUGCCCACACUUUGGAAAUAAAAGAAGAUUGCAUGUGUCCUUGUUCCGGUUCACAUGGAGAAGAACCUAAUUAUAUUAAACAACUCAAGCAAUUAAGAUGGGGCCAUUUGAAACAUAUUCAAACAGAAGUGAAACGUUUAGCUGACUUGGAAAGAUUUUUGGAUUCCUGUUGUAAUUACGAAUAAAUUAUCCUGAACUUAUACGUAAUCUAAAGUAGAAUUUAUUACGAAAGAUAAAUAUUUUAUAAAAAUUGCAUUUAUUUACAAAAAAUAAAAUAAAC